GGAGCUGGCCAACAGCUCAGAUGUGACCCUCCCAGACCGGCCACUGUCCCCUCCUCUCACUGCGCCCCCCACCAUGAAGUCGGCGGAGUUCUUCGAGAUGCUGGAGAAAAUGCAGGGGAUCAAGCUUGAAGAGCAGAAGCCAGGACCCCAGAAGAACAAGGAUGACUAUAUCCCAUAUCCCAGCAUUGAUGAGGUUGUGGAGAAGGGCGGCCCAUACCCUCUGAUCAUCCUGCCCCAGUUUGGGGGCUAUUGGAUCGAGGACCCGGAGAAUGUGGGGACACCGACGUCACUGGGCAGCAGCAUCUGUGAGGAGGAGGAAGAGGACAACCUCAGCCCCAACACAUUUGGCUACAAGCUCGAGUGCAAGGGUGAAGCCAGGGCCUACCGCAGGCAUUUCCUAGGGAAGGAUCAUCUGAACUUCUACUGUACCGGCAGCAGCCUCGGGAACUUGAUUCUGUCCAUCAAGUGUGAGGAAGUGGAAGGGAUUGAGUACCUCAGGAUCAUUCUCAGGUCCAAACUGAAGACAGUGCAUGAGCGGAUCCCCUUGGCUGGACUGAGCAAAUUGCCCAGUGUUCCUCAGAUUGCAAAGGCUUUCUGUGAUGAUGCAGUGGGAUUGAAAUUCAACCCUGUCCUGUACCCCAAGGCCUCCCAAAUGAUUGUGUCUUAUGAUGAACAUGAUGUCAACAACACAUUCAAAUUUGGAGUCAUUUAUCAAAAAGCCAGACAGACCCUGGAGGAGGAACUAUUUGGGAACAACGAAGAGAGUCCUGCUUUCAAGGAGUUCUUGGAUCUGCUAGGGGACACAAUCACGCUGCAGGACUUUAAAGGUUUCCGAGGAGGCCUGGAUGUGACCCACGGACAGACAGGGGUGGAGUCAGUGUACACAACCUUCCGGGACCGGGAGAUCAUGUUUCACGUCUCCACAAAGCUGCCAUUCACCGAGGGUGAUGCUCAACAGCUCCAGAGAAAGAGACACAUUGGGAACGACAUUGUGGCCAUCAUCUUCCAAGAAGAAAAUACACCAUUUGUCCCAGAUAUGAUUGCCUCCAAUUUCUUACACGCCUACAUUGUUGUGCAGGUCGAGAGCCCAGGCACAGAGACCCCAUCAUACAAGGUCUCCGUCACUGCACGGGAAGAUGUGCCUGCCUUUGGCCCGCCUUUGCCCAGCCCUCCUGUUUUCCAGAAGGGCCCAGAGUUCAGAGAGUUCCUGCUCACCAAGCUCACGAACGCCGAGAAUGCUUGCUGCAAGUCGGACAAAUUUGCCAAGUUGGAGGACCGGACAAGGGCCGCCCUCCUGGACAACCUUCAUGAUGAACUCCAUGCUCACACACAGGUCAUGCUAGGACUGGGUCCAGAGGAGGACAAGUUUGAGAAUGGAGGACAUGGAGGAUUCCUGGAGUCUUUUAAGAGGGCCAUCCGUGUACGCAGCCACUCCAUGGAGACCAUGGUGGGCAGCCAGAGGAAGCUGCACAGUGGAGGCAUUCCUGGAAGUCUCAGUGGGGGCAUUGUCCACAACAGCAUGGAGGUCACCAAGACUACCUUCUCGCCUCCAGCAGCAGCUGCGACAGUGAAGAACCAGUCAAGGAGCCCCAUCAAGCGGCGGUCAGGGCUCUUUCCCCGUCUGCACACGGGCUCUGAAGGCCAGGGGGAUGGCCGGACACGAUGUGACAGUGCAUCCAGCACCCCCAAGACCCCAGAUGGUGGACACUCUUCUCAGGAGAUAAAGUCUGAGACCUCAUCCAAUCCCAGCUCUCCGGAAAUAUGCCCCAAUAAAGAGAAGCCCUUCAUAAAGUUGAAGGAGAACGGCCGGGCCAACAUCUCCCGCUCCUCCUCCAGCACCAGCAGCUUCAGCAGCACUGCAGGAGAGGGCGAAGCCAUGGAGGAGUGUGACAGUGGGAGCAGCCAGCCGUCCACAACCUCACCUUUCAAGCAGGAGGUGUUUGUCUACAGCCCGUCCGCGAGCAGCGAGAACCCCAGCCUGGGSGCAGCUGCCACCCCCAUCAUCAUGAGCCGGAGUCCAACGGAUGGCAAAAGCAGAAACUCCCCAAGAUCAAACCUGAAAUUCCGCUUUGAUAAGCUCAGCCAUGCCAGCUCCAGUGCGGGUCACUAAUGGAAAGUGGAGUCCUUUGCCUGUCCAAGGGAAGYCCAGCUCUGUCCUGUAGAAGGCUCCUGUUCCAGCAGUUUGGGGGUGCCAUCUGCUACUCUGACCAUCACAGGCCUGUUGCCCUACUGGCCACCUGCCCAUCAGACCGGCUUCCUGUGCCAUGUCCCAACCUGACCACGGCCCUGCUGGCUCCUUUAUCAACAUACCCUGCAAGAAUCUUCCCAUUUCUGGACAAGGCUUCAUUCCUGGAGGCUCCUCUGCUCUUGACCUCCAGCUGUGAUGUCUGUCUGGGUCAUUUGUCAUCAUCUUGCUUUGUCUGUAAGAGAGAGUUGGGCAAGAGGGGAUCUAGGUAUGGGAGCUCAGUCAGAGACUGGGGAGCUCAUUUGCUUCAGAGGCAAAAGGUAAUGAGGUGGAGAGCAGAGGUGAUAGCAGAACAUAAGGUGGGCCCUGUCUGUCCUUUGUCACAGUGCAGUGCCUUCCUGGAUUGGCAGGCAGAAGCUUCACCACCACCAGUGCAUUUAGUGACGUAGUGGAGGUAGAGGGGCUGCUUUCCCAGUAGCCAAGACUAGCAACAUCUUGGAGGUUGUCCUGAUAAAAAUAGGCUCCCAGCUGGGUGCAUACCUGUAAUUUCAGCAACUCUGGAGGCAGGAAGAUUGCAAGUUCAGGACCAGCCUUGGCACUUAAUGGGACUUUUUCUCAAAUUAAAAAAUUAAAAGCACUGGGGAUGUAGCUCAGUGAUAAAGCAACUUUGGGUUCAAUCCCCAUCGCGCACCACCUACCCCACCAAAAAAACCCUACAUUGGUCCCAGAUCUCUGGAACUCCAAACAUAUACUUGCUUUUGUGCUAAACAUUUCUGAUCUAGUCCCAGGGAYAGGUCCAGGGAUGCUGUCAUCCCUGUUGCUAGGGGCUUGGGCUUGUGGAAGCACAGAGACUGAGCUGGAUAUCUCUGAGACCUGGGCUGCACACUUCCUUGAUUGUAGCUGAAACUUUUUCCCACUAAUUUUAUGCAGAUUCCUGACUAUCCUUAUUGUGGGAGAAGCCCCAGAAAAUCUUGCCCCUUUGACCAGACAUUUUGUUUCCCUAGGAACAGCUGGGAAGCCAGGAAUGAGAAGGAGUUCUGAGAGAGGGAACAGGCCAAUGCUGGGCAUUUGAGGAAAACCACAGGGCCUGAGGGCUCAGCCAGCCAUAGUUAUUUCAAUCCCCGCCAUGGGUGAGAGGGGAAGAGGUGAGCUGGGGGUAUGAUGUGGCAGAUUCUGGUCAGGCCAAUGUGUGGGGGUUGAACUUAAGUGUAGGAAAGGAAUGCAGUGUCCCUCAGACCCUGCAUGUCCUUGKCAUCUGUGGAGUGUCUAGUGUAGCCUUGGGAGCUGCUUCCAUGUACCGUGCCCUCUGGACAUGUCUGGGGCUCCAUCCCCCAAGCCUCUUACCCUUUCCAAUCAGAGCCACUUUCUCUGGGAUGAGCCAGCUGUCCUGAGGGACAGCCCCCUGGCCUCUCACCUGUCUUAGUCUUCAGGGUGUUUUUGCUGCUGGGUUUAGGGUGAGGCACCCUCCAAGUCAAACACAGUCUGAACAGCAGACCCUGGGUGGUGCUGCAGCUUGAAGCGCACAGGGCCUCUGGCAUAGGUGGUACAGUGCUACUGGGGUGUUGCUGGCUGGGCUCCCCAUUUUAACGAGCAGAUGACAAGAUUUCUAAUUGAGUGCUUUAUCUAUACAAGGAUCUGGACCCAAUCCCAAGUCAAAGCAUAGAAAUGCAACACAUUUUUUUUUGGACUGAUAUUUCCUCCUUACUUUUGCCAUUAGCGCAAAAUUUUGAUAUUUCAUUUCCCACUCUCUUGUUGGAUCCUGUCUGCAGACUGGGAGUGACUGCACCCCUUACCCUGAGUGGGACAUGUGCUUACAUAAAGUACUAGUCUGGUAAGAUUUAUUCUAGUUUGAAGGUCAACAAAAGAUCUGUUUAGCUGAAAGUCAGUSUAGCGGCACCCACUGCUGGAACGAGGCCUGCAGGUCUGGCGGCUUUCUGUUGGCCGGGUUUCUGAAGGAGCUUGAAAGGUCGAACUGCAUUUCUUUGAAAAUGAUUACAGGCUUCUGGCUCGCCUCUCUGGGUAGCUAGUAUGUACAGUUGGUUGUGCCAUGUUAUAUUGCAUUCUGGGGUCCUCUGAGGUUUCCAGAUUGUCCCCAUGCUGUCCUGUAUGGGAAUGUCAUACCUCCCUGUCUCUAMUGCUCUUACUGCUCCCUCUGCAGCCACUGUGUCCCUGCUGGGCUUUGCCCCUGGCUCUGGGACGGUUAGGCAGGAUGGCUGGGUGUGUUCAGAAAAACAGACACAGGUUUGCUCCUGAAGAAGUACAGACAUGGGAGGUGGUCUUCACCCUCAGCUUGCUGUUGGGGUAUUCUGGGUAGUAUCUGAGCUGCCACCUUCCUCUAGGUCAUGCCUGUCUAUCUUUAGAAAGUCCACUUAUUGGCUUCCAGAGUGUGCAUUAUCUACCUACCUGAGGUCCUAGUGGAGACAGGGAAGAAGUGGAUGGGAAUGUGGCCCAGUCUCCCCUCACUCUCCUGGACCAUGGGCAGCAGCUCAGGUUCUUGGAGGGCUGUCCCCCAACUGACCCCACAUUCUGAUCCACCAUGACUGUCCUUUUAUUGCUACACUCAGUCUGGGGCUCAGAGACUUGCUGAAGCCCCCUAAGCCCUUAUGACUGAAUUUGUGUAGAUGGUGCUUAUGUUGGUAUUUGGGGCAUUUCCAAAUAUGACCUCCCUGAGAGGUUCUCCUGGUCACAUCUCUGUCUCUGGGGACCACCUGAUUCACAGAGGAAACUACACUUUGCAGGUGCUGUUGGGCACCCAGAUGUCUCUAGCUCCACUGAUGCUUGAAAACAGAUGCAGAAAAACUUGAGAUAAAAGGUCUUAGGUAGAGUUUCUGUCUAUGCUAAUGAAUG